CUCGAACCAGCGCCUCGUUGGCCCAUUAUGUACCUAUGUAGUAGGUAGGCACCUACUUUUCUUUAUGCCUUUCAACGUCUUCUCACACCCCUCCCAGACAAGCUCGUCGACAUUCCAACACCAUCCCUUGACCUAUUUGUUCUACACCCUCUUCCCUACGACGAAAAUCUCUCCCCGGCUAGGUCUCGUUAUGGUUGAUCCGACAUCACUUCACCAUGUCGGGCAACACAAAAUCUCUCUCCCAAUACCUGGAGCAGCUUCCGGGAACAACUUUUAGGAAGCUAUACCAGCAGCCAUCCACUGCCUUCGCCAUCUUCCGCCGCAUGCUUCCUCACAUGGCCAAAACCAUCGUCAUGGCCAUCCUCUACUCGCCGAAUCCUUUCCUCCUCUCCGACCUCGACGUCUGGGUCAAGCCCUCCGCCACCCGAGAGAAGGACCAAUCCAUCGCCAUCCUCCGCUCCCUCCAUAUAAUCCAACCCCAGUCCUUGACCCUGACGGCCAACUUCAAGAACAGCCUGCGCCUCGCCUUGGAGGGUGGCGGCGACCACAACUCCUUCGGCGUCCUGUCCACACAUCCUAUUCCCAGCGAUGUUGACCACGCGUUCCUGGAUAAGUAUGCGAAGAAGAAGUGGGAUGACAUUCUCUAUUACAUAGUCGCUACCGUCGGGUUGACAGGCCCCGAGAAGGGUUCGAGCGGGCCUAAGCAGUCAGUGAAGGACCUCUUGCUGGCUGGACGGUUAGUCGAGCGUAGGCCCGGUGGGGGAGUCCAAAUCACUCAGGGCGGGUUCUCGUUCUUGCUGCAAGAGACAAACGCCCAGGUCUGGGCCCUGCUUCUCUUGUGGCUCGAGGCGGUCGACGCGGCGAACGCCAACGGCUCCAGUUCAGGCAUGGACGGCGUGGAUAUGCUCUCGUUUUUCUUCCUUCUCGCCUCCCUCGAGUUCGGACGCGCAUAUAGUACCGAUGCUCUGACCGAGACCCGGCGCAACAUGCUACCCAUGCUUGUCGACCUCGGCCUCAUAUAUAUUCCCCAUAAUAACCCUCAUCAAUUCUUCCCCACCCGGUUGGCGACAACCCUGACGAGCAACGAAACCGCUCUGCGGAGCGUCAGCGCUGGCUUCUCGGCGGCGAGCGACGCGACCACCGACACGCAGGACAAGUGCACCAUCAUCCUCGAAACCAACUUCCGCAUGUACGCGUACGUAACCUCGCCGCUGCAAAUCGCCGUGCUCGCGCUCUUCUCGGAUCUCAAGUUCCGCUUCAAGGGGCUCGCGUCGGGCCACCUGACGCGCAACUCGAUCGGCCGCGCCGUCAGCAUGGGCAUCACGGCCGACCAGAUCGUCUCGUACCUGUCGACGCACGCGGACGAGCAGAUGUACCGGCACGCCGCCGCGACCAACAAGCCCGUGCUCCCCCCCGUCGUCAUCGACCAGAUCCGCCUCUGGCAGCUCGACACGGACCGCGCCGUCAUCAAGGACGGCUACCUCUUCAAGGAGUUCGACGAGUACAAGGAGUACAAGGCCGUCGUCGACUUCGCCGACAACAUCGGCGUCUGCGCCUGGCGCAACGACAAGAAGGGCAUCUUCUUCGCUACCAAGGUCGAGCAGAUAAAGGAUUUCAUGAAGUCGCGGCGCAAGGCGAACGAGGCCAGCGCCGGCGACGCCUCCAAGUGAGGUAUCGACGACGACGACGACGACGACAACGAGGACGUCCUUACGUUGCCCUAUCGCCUCCGUUCUCCCUCUUUUUUAUUUCACCUCUUUUAUCUUCGAUCCGCCAACUUCUACUAGCCCCUCAUACCCCCCCCCCCUUUUUUUUUCCUACUUAGUCAUAAUCGCCCCUUUCCAUAGAUCCGGUUUCGCCAUUACGGUCGCGUCAUAUUAUUUGGGAUAGGAGUUUGGUUUUUUUUUGGUCAAGGGGCCUCUGCAUCGGGACCUGACGGAGUUGAGCAUGUUUUGUUUUUUUCCGAAUAAAUUGAGAAUGAGUAUACGGAGCCUGAGUGACCCCUGCGCGGCCACGCUGGGUUAAAACGCAGAAUGGUCUUCCAUUUUUACGUUAACGAUUUU